CAGGUGGUUGUGGUGGGGGUCGGGGCAGGUGUAUGUGUUGGGGAAGACAGUGGAGGACCCCAGGGAUUUGCUCCCCCAGUCCCAACCGUUGACUCUCUGGGUUCCUCAGGCGCAGCUGGGGAAACAGGCUUCCCCCGGACCGCAGAGAAGCCACCCCUCUCUCCAAAGCGCGCUUCUCCCCCAUCCCCCUCGGCGCGCUUCCGCCGGCCGCGCUCCCGGGUCCGGAUCGAGCGCGCGCCCCCGGCUCUCCCGCCCGCGGCCGAGGGGCGGGACCGGCUCGGCUCCCCCGGCGCCGCAGCCCGCAGCCCCCUCCCCUCGCCUCCUCGCCGCUGGCGGCCACCGCGUCGCUCCGGCCCGGGCCCCACCCCAGGCGACUCUGCGAGGAGCGGCCGGAGGCCGGAGGCGGAGGUGCAAGAUGGACAACAAGAGAGAUAAGGCGAAGGCAGGGGCCGCCGCGCGGACGCCGGCUGCUCGCGCUCCUGGACUUCUGACCCCCAGGCCCCCAGGCUCUCCUCGACCCCCUCCCCCAGUAACUCCCGCAGCCCUCCGAGUUCUGGGAGCUGCGGGAGCAGUGGGGCGAAAGCCUCUGGCAGAGCGAGCAGGGGGCAUCGGCGGGGCCACUAUUCCCGAGUCUGCUCCCCGAGCGGGACCAACGCGGAGUGCUGGGACAAGUUCCCGAAACCCUGCCUCCAGGCCCCCAGCCUCUGGGAGAGGGGAGAGAGCUCCUCCUGCCAAGAACACCAGCCCAGGCCCUGUUUCUAGCCCAGGGCGUGCCAGCGGGACCACCAGGCCAGGCCCUCUUGGCCAGAAGGGACUCCGGAUCUCAGCGGAGGAAACUGUGGCCAGAGGAAAAGCUACAGAGGCUCCCAAAAGGAGUGCCCUCAGCGCUGGGGCACGGAAAGACACUUCCGGGCCUACCCCAGGAACCCCGUCCCCGGCCAUGGCCCGUCGGUCCCGGGCUGCGGGCACCGAGGUGGGGCUCCCCCGGCCAGCUCCGAGUGCCCGGCCACGGCCCUCGACAGAGGGCCCCCGGAAAUCAGUGAGCAGCGCCUCGGAGCACAGUACCACCGAGCCAAGCCCGGCUGCCAGGAGGCGGCCCAGCGCCGGUGGGGGUCUCCAGCGGCCGACCUCGCGCUCCCUGAGCUCCAGCGCCACCCCUCUCUCCUCCCCAGCCCGUUCUGGGCCCUCAGCCCGCGGAACACCCAGGGCUCCUGCGCAUCCCUCGCAGCCCAAGCCGAAAGGACUGCAGGCUCUGCGACCCCCUCAGGUCACACCCCCAAGGAAGGACGCAGCCCCAGCACUAGGCCCGCUUUCUUCCUCUCCUUUGGCCACACCCUCUCCAUCGGGUACCAAGGCAAGACCCGUACCGCCUCCCGACAACGCAGCCACUCCCCUGCCAGCCACGCUCCCUCCCUCUCCACCGGUAACGCCCCCUCCGCCAGCCGCUCUCCAAAGUCAGGCCCCGCCCACCCUGCCGGCCACGCCCCACUCGUCGAGCCUUACCUGUCAGUUGGCCACGCCCCUUCCUCUAGCCCCUCCUUCUCCCUCUGCUCCACCCUCUCUGCAGACCCUCCCCUCUCCACCAGCCACGCCCCCCUCACAAGCUCCACCCACACAGCUGAUUAUGUCCUUUCCAGAAGCAGGCGUCUCUUCCCUGGCCACAGCCGCUUUUGUGGCUUCAGUCUCUCCAUCAGUUUCAUCUCCUCUGCAGAGUAUGCCCCCCACCCAAGCUAAUCCAGCGUUGCCCUCUCUUCCGACUCUCCUCUCUCCCUUGGCCACACCUCCUCUGUCAGCCAUGUCUCCUCUACAAGGCCCUGUUUCUCCGGCAACAUCUCUGGGGAAUCCGGCUUUUCCCCUGGCCGCACUCCCUCAGCCAGGCCUUUCUGCUCUGACCACGCCCCCUCCGCAGGCCAGUCCUUCCCCGUCUCCGCCCUCUCUCCAGGCCAUGCCCCACACUCUGGCCACUCUUCCUCUGCAGGACUCUCCUCUUCUGGCCACAUUGCCUCUGCAGGCCUCUCCCUCUCCUUUGACCACAGUCUCUCUGCAGGAUCCUCCUCUAGUUUCUCCCUCUCUUUUGGCCUCACCGCCUCUGCAGGCUCCGCCCCACCCACAGGCCCCACCUUCUAUGACUACGCCCCCUAUGCAGGCCCCGCCCUCUCUCCAGACCAUUUCCCCAAUACAGGUCCCACAUUCUCUGACCUUACCGUCUCUGCAGGCACCUCCCUCUCCUCUGGCUUUGUCCUCUCUGCAGGCCACAACUUCUUUGGGCUCACCCACUCUGCAGGCCACACAUUCUUUCCUGACAAUGUCCCCUAGGCAAACCCAAGCUUCUUUGACCUCACCUUCUCGGCCGGCCUCUACUCCCCCUGAUUCACCCACUCUGCAGGCCUCUCUUUCCCUUCCUGCCUCACCCCCUCUGCAGACUUCUCUCUCUCCUGCUGUCUCACCCCUAAACUCAACCCUGACCAUACACCCUCUGCAGGCGCUAUCUUCUCUGGCCUCCCACUCUCCUCAGGCACCUCUGUCUUCCCUGAUCAUGCCCCCUCUGGAGACCCAAUCUUCCCUAGCCCCGCCCUCUCUGCAGACACCUCCUGCUCCCCUGACCACACCCCCUCUGGAGAACCUACCUUCUCUAGCCCCGCCUCCUCUGCAGACAGCUUCUGCUUCCCUGACCACACCCCAUCUGGAGACUCCACCUUGUCCAGCCCCACGCCCUCUGCAAGCACCACCUUCGCCAUUGACCACGCCCCCUCCGGAGACGCCCUCUUCCAUAGCCACGCCUCCUCCACAGGCCCCACCUGCUCUGGCCUCACCCCCUUUGCAGGGCCUGCCCUCUCCCCCUCUGUCUCCUUUGGCCACGCCCCCUCCACAGGCCCCACCUGCCCUGGCCUUGCCUCCUCUGCAGGCCCCUCCCUCUCCCCCUGCCUCACCCCCUCUGUCUCCUUUGGCCACACCCUCUCCACAGGCCCCAAAUGCUCUGGCAGUGCACCUUCUGCAGGCCCCUUUCUCUCCCCCUGCCUCACCCCAAGUGUCUCCUUCGGCCACGCCCCCUUCACAGGCCCCACCCUCUCUAGCCGCACCUCCUUUGCAGGUCCCACCCUCUCCCCCUGCCUCUCCCCCAAUGUCUCCUUCAGCCACGCCCCCUCCACGGGUCCCACCCCUUCUUGCCGCUCCUCCUCUGCAGGUCCUGCCCUCUCCCCCUGCCUCACUCCCAAUGUCUCCUUUGGCCAAGCCCCCUCCACGGGUCUCACCCCUUGCCGCUCCUCCUCUGCAGGCCCUUCCCUCUCCGCCUGCCUCACUCCCUGGGCAGGCCCCUUUCUCACCCUCUGCCUCACCCCCAAUGUCUCCUUUGGCCACGCCUCCUCCACAGGCCCCACCUGUUCUGGCAGCGCCCCUUCUGCAGGUCCCUCCCUCUCCCCCUGCCUCACCCACCCUGCAGGCCCCACGCCGCCCCCCGACCCCGGGUCCGGAUACCUCCGUCUCGGGCCCACGGCUGACCCUGGCGUUGGCCCCCGGCCCGCCGCCGCCGCCCUCGCGCAGCCCGUCCAGCACGCUGAGCGGCCCGGACCUGGCCGGCCACAGCAGCAGCGCCACGAGCACGCCAGAGGAGCUGCGUGGCUACGACAGCGGGCCCGAGGGCGGCGCCGCAGCCUCCCCGCCCCCCGACGCAGAGCUCGCCGCUUGCCACCCGGCUGCCUGGAGUCGAGGCCCCGCUCCGCCGCUGGCUUUCCGCGGAGCCCCAGGUGCGCCCCUGCCGUGGCCUCCCGCAACCGGACCGGGCUCUGCUGACGGUCUGUGCACCAUCUACGAGACUGAAGGGCCCGAGACGGCGACCCCCGCCCCAGGCGCACUGGAUCCGGGGCCCAGUCCCGGCACGAGCGGUGGGAAGGCGGUGGCUGGGGCCGGGGCGGGGGCGUCCUCGCGGAGCCCGAAGCAGGCGCGCCUGGGCGAGCUGCCACUGGGGGCGCUGCAGGCGAGCGUCGUGCAGCACCUGCUGAGCCGGACGCUGCUGCUGGCGGCUGCCGAGGGUGCCGCGGGCGGCAGCGGCGGGGGCCCAGGAGGUGCGGAGGGUGGUGGCGUCACGGGGGGCGCGCGGGCUGCACUCAGCGACGCCGAACUCGGCCGCUGGGCCGAACUACUGUCUCCCCUGGACGAGUCCCGUGCCAGCAUCACCUCGGUCACCAGCUUCUCUCCGGACGACGUGGCCUCCCCGCAGGGUGACUGGACCGUGGUGGAGGUGGAGACCUUCCACUGAGCCAGACCACAGCCCCGCCUGCUACACCCCACCCCUGCCUUAGGAUCCGCCCCUCCGGGUACGCCGUUUGUUUUAGACCCCGCCUCCACUGCCCUGGAGCCCCGCUGGGUGGAUUAGUCUUAGCUCCCUAGAGCCUGAGCCUUUGGCCUCGGAGGCUCGGGACCUACCCACAGCUUUGACCUAGGCCCGCCCCUCGAGCUCCGCCCCUUUGGCCUAGGACACGCCCCGUUUCCCCGAGUCCCGCCCCGUGUGCAGUGUAUUGCCCACCCCGCACAGCCUGAGUUUGCAAUAAAACUGGGACACUGGGA